UCCGAAGCAGCGCGCAUCCCGGGAUUUACACAUUUCUCGCAACACUUGCUGUCGCACUCACAGUUGGUGCACUUCUGCUGCCGAAAAUCCACGUCCUUUGGAGUCGGAGUGGAUGUGCGGCAUUAGAAAGUCUCUUCGAUAGUUGUCACGGAUCAUGAGGGUUUAAAACGCACCGCUGAACAGCUCUGUCUGUCUUGGGGAAAACCAUGGGAUCUCAGCGGCUAUGGAGCGUGUUAUGUGUGAUGACGGUGUGCUAUCAGACGGGGAUGUCAAGCAGAUACGGCUGUCUGUUUGAGAAGAAGCUCUGCCCCAGAGACCAGCACUGCUCAGAUGAUGGACUGUUUGGCCAGUGUCUGCUGCCCCAGCAGGAGAGGGUUCUGUAUGAGGUGUCAGUGCCUGUGCUGCACAGACUACAGGAAGUGCUCAAGGAACUGAUGAUGCAAGGAUUGUCCUGGCAGGAUGACAUCACCCAGUACGUCAUUCGCAAGGAGCUGAGCCGUGUUUCACUGACCCGCCCCUCGUCUGGACGUCAUGACAACCCCUCGUCUCAGUCCUCAGAACCUGUGCAGAAUGCCCAUCUUUCCAAGAUGCAGUAUCCUCCCAGCUCCAGGACCAAGGCUCAAGGGGACGAUCCCAACCCAGACCUGAUGCAGAGUUACCUGGACUACAUGAUCGUGGAUCCCUCAAAGGCCUCCCAGUCCCUCCACAUGCAAACUCUGGACCCUUACCGCCAGCAGUAUGGUUACCAGGACGACGAGGAGCGCUCUCUUAACUCUCUGGAGGGUGGUGGUUUCCCCCGCCCUUCUUCUCACGCCGGGGGUAAAGGGUCCCGCCCCCAGGACCGAGACCGCCAGGUGCUCCAGGACCUGGUCUCCCUGUACCUCUCCUCCCCCGCCCAGCCGACCUCCCGCCACCGUGGGGCAGCAGCACCGAUCUCUACCUCUCCCUUGUACCAGGACCUGGACUUCCCUCUGGACUAUGCAGAGAACUACGUUUCCCAGCAGGACGUGGAGGUCCACAAGCAGCAGCAGCUGGAUCAGACGCAGAGGAAAGCUCAGAAGGACUAUGGAUCGCUGGCUGGAUUGGAUGAUGACUCCCUGCUGAAACUGGCUCUGCUCCUGGGCCACUAUGGCAUCGAUAUGAAGGACUUAACCCCUCCACAGCUGGCCAACCUGCCUGCAGCACUGAAACAGCUGCAGAUGGAGAGUGCUACUGACUUGGGCACCGACACAGCAGAUAAAUACCGGAACAGUGCUGCCCCACAUAAGAAGAUCACUGAGGGGGCCAUGACACACAAGGUGGACAAAUCUCCCGUGCUAGAUGCCCCCACCUCCCUUCCUGCCCCGCCCCCUGGGCCCCAAGCCUCCCCAGAUAACCCUCCCACCGUAGGGGCCCCUCCUGCCACAGAGGGAGCCAGUGUGAAGGAGCCAGGGGCCCCAGUGAAAACAGAGACGCAGGGGAAGAAAGAACCAGCAGGAGGGACCACACAUGUGAAGGAGGAAUACGGCUACAUCGUCACUAACCAAAGUGUGGUGGGGCCUGCCCUGACAUUCCGUGUCCGGCCCAACAGCCAGAACCUGAGUGCUGAAGACGUGGCAGAGAAAGCCGUUGCAGAGAAGAACUUUCUGGAAUCUGAAACUGCUCUGAAGAUCCUGCAGACAGGUGUCGGUGAGAGAACUGAUGGGCGGGGCUUACCUCAGGCCACCCGGGUCCGAGAUGGCUCCCGUUGGGUGUUCAUGACCAUGGUGGGCGUGGCCUGUGUUUGCGGGAUCCUGGUGGCGACAAUGACCAUCGUCUGCCUGCGUCGCCAUACCAACCGCCUGGCGUCUGAGAAGCUAGGCCUGGGGCCAGAGGGAGGCAGCGUUACACACCAGGAGUACCAGGACCUGUGUCGUCAGCACAUGGGAUCCAGGGGACUCUUCGAGCGUCAGGAGGGGGCAGGAGCAGCGGGUGGGGGUGCUAGUGGAGGAGGUGGAGGAGGUGUUGGUGGAGGAGGAGGUACGGACACGUCCAGGGUGAGCAGUGUGUCGUCCCAGUUCAGCGACGCGCCCCAGCCCAGCGACGCACCCCAGCCCAGCCCGAGCUCCCACAGCAGCACCUCUUCCUGGUGUGAGGAACCAGCGCAGACCAACAUGGACAUCUCCACCGGUCACAUGAUCCUGGCUUACAUGGAGGACCACCUGAAGAACAAGGACCGUCUGCUGAAGGAGUGGGAGGCCCUGUGUUCCUACCAGGCUGAACCCAGCACCAUGUCUGUGGCCCAGAGUGACACCAACCUGAAGAAGAACCGCUGCCCUGACUCUGUGCCCUAUGAUCACUCCAGGGUGAAGAUGAAGGCGGAGAACAACCCCUCCAGGACUGACUACAUCAACGCCAGCACCAUAAUCGAGCAUGACCCCCGGAUGCCAACAUACAUCGCCACCCAAGGGCCCCUGUCUCACACCAUCUCCGACUUCUGGCAGAUGGUUUGGGAGAAUGGCUGCACGGUGAUAGUGAUGAUGACAGCCCUGGUUGAGGACGGAGAGAAACAGUGUGAUCGCUACUGGCCUGACGAGGGAUCCUCCCUCUACCACAUCUAUGAGGUGAACCUGGUUUCGGAGCACAUCUGGUGCAAUGACUUCCUGGUUCGUAGUUUCUACCUGAAGAACGUCCAGACCCAGGAGACCCGUACACUCACCCAGUUCCACUUCCUGAGCUGGCCUGCCCAGGGCAUCCCCACCUCCACACGCACCCUACUGGACUUCCGCAGAAAGGUGAAUAAGUGCUACAGAGGCAGAUCUUGUCCGAUCAUUGUACACUGCAGUGAUGGUACAGGCCGGACUGGCACCUACAUCCUGAUUGACAUGGUUCUGAACCGCAUGGCCAAGGGAGUGAAGGAGAUUGACAUUGCUGCUACCCUGGAACACGUCCGUGACCAGAGACCAGGGAUGGUGCGCACCAAGGAGCAGUUUGAGUUUGCCCUGACCGCUGUGGCGGAGGAGGUGAAUGCCAUCCUGAAAGCCCUGCCCCAGUGAAACCAACUCGAUUCAGACCUGCCUACAUGCCUGUACCACAGACCCCCCCCACUCAAUGAUCCUUCCCUUGCGCCAUGGAAUUAUAUCUUCAAUCAUCAACUGUGUCUUACCUCACCUUUUCUCUACAAUAUGGUGUAGAAUGACCAAGCUGUUCUUUGUGCUUUCUCUCCUGUUUGAAUGAUGCCUUCGAUUUCUUGCUAUUCUCUUUGGUGGUGGUGGGGAUGAGGAAGAGGGUGUUUCUGUCAUCUUCUAUACAUGUCCUCUGACGAGUCCCCUUGUCAACGGUUUCCAGGUUAUUGGGAACUAUGUCCUUUUCAGAGAGUGUCAUCACAAAUGUUUCGGCUGUGGUUGGUGAUUGAGGAUGGAUGUGAGUCAAGAAGGGUUGCCAGCUGUCACUCUCCGAUUCUCCCUGCUCCUCAGAGUGUAUUUGUUUACAAUUUACCCAAAUCUCAAACCCUGCUCAUUAACAUUCCAUGUUCUCGUGUUUUACUAACCCUUUGGGUAAAAUGACUAACCAUUACUUCCCUCUUCUCUUCCUGUGCCAUAUAGAUUGUUGUAAAUGAUUUGUUCAAUUGUUGUUGUUUACCUCAAGCAAACCAGAAAAAAUAAACAAAAAAUGUUAAAAUAUGAAAAAUGCCUAUUUUGUAACUUUGUGUGGUAACUAAUAAACGUUGAUGUGUGUGUUGCAAAUGCUUAA